AUGGCUUUCAUGGUCCCCCUGGUCAAGAACCAUUACGACAUCUACGCACGGAACAAUCCGGCUGAUCACCACAACAAUGGGAACAAUGGCGGUACAAACAACACCGGAAUUACCGGAAAGAGCGGCAACCUCGUCCACGACCCGGCCUCCAACUCGCUGAUCCUCAGCGCUACGAGCCUCGGAAAGAGCGGGGCUCCCGUCAAGAAGCAGUACCGAAUUAUCCUCAGCGGUGGUCAGGUGGUGACCAAUGGAAACAAUGGAGGUAAAAAGAAGGUCCCCGGAGGUGCCGGCGCCAACUUUGUCACCGCCAACGGCAAGGCCUACUACCGAAUGCCCUCCGCCAGCAUCAGCCUUCCGGUCAAUGGUCGAGGACCUCGACCUGGUGGUCCUGGAGGAGCUCCUCGUCGAAGCUCAAAGUCCACUUCAGAGGCGGGAGGAGCUGGCUCGGUUCGAUCGACGCCCACCUCACCGGAGCAUCGAAGUAACAGCAGCAACGGCAGCAACAGUCCGGGAAGUCCGCCUCACUACCCGAGUAGUAGACCGCCUCAUUCUGCUUCCGCUUCGAUUUGCCAACAACCGACCAGUGGAAGCUUCCGUCGAACCUCGGCUGGAGUUCGAAGUCCCCAAAAUAAUCGACUGUACAGCUACUCGGUCUCGAUUCCCGAGGACGAGGAGAAGAAGGUGAAGGAGUCGCUGAACUCGCUGCUGGCGGACAAGGAGAACCUCGUCGACCAGGAAAGUCAACUUGAGGAUGAUCAUCAGCUGCUGGCGAUCUUCGCCACCUCGGCGCCGGGCGGCACGGGGGCCCUGGAGGAGGCCUCGCUGGUGAAGCCGCCGCCGAGCUUGAAGAUGAUGAAGAAGAAGAUGGCGAAGAAGCCGCUGGUGCAGAAGAGCGCCUCUCUUAACGCUGCUUCGCCGCCGCCUCUAGUGGAGACAAAGGUUCAUUCCAUUUCACCCUCAUCACCCCCUGCAUCACCCACUUCGUCACCCCCAGCUUCACCCUCACCUUCACCCUCACCCUCACCACCUCCUCCGAUCACCACCACCAGCCGAGAGUACGUCGAGCUACUUCGAAAGUUCAUCCUCCACCUGAAGAUGCUCAAAAUUGGCAGCAGCAGCAACAACAACAACAACGGCUCAUCGAAACAACGUAAACAAAGUAAGAAAAGCUCAGUCAAGUCAAUCAAAUCGAAUGGCGUGGAUAAGGAGGAAUCAGAAUUAUCAGCAGCUGCUGCAGCUGAUGAUUCGGUUGUUGAUGCUGCUGUUGAGGUCGGAUCUUCCGAGGUAUCCUCCGAGGACUCAACUUCCGCUCCUAAGCGUGCCCGAAAGCGCAAGGACACGAUGGAGGAUUCUAAGGACUUGUGA